GCUGGGGCGGUGUCCGGCCCCCAGCCCGGCGGAAGGGCGGGCCCGGGCGGCCUCCCAGCGGCGAUCUACUGCCAGCCGUGCUGCAGCAGAAGGAGAGCUCCUCGUUAAAGCCCAUUCUUUGUACGGCAGUAAAAUGCUGUUCCGCUUCGGCGUGGUGCUGCCCGCCCGGGUGACGGAGGGCGGCGCGGAGCUGCUGGUGGCCGGGUCGCGGCCGGAGCUGGGCGAGUGGGACCCGCGGCGCGCCGUGCCCAUGAGGCGGGCGCGGCCGAGCGCCCCGCUGCCCGCCCAGGAGCCCGCGCUGUGGCUGGCGGAGGUGGCGCUGCCGGACGAGGACGCCGCCAGCCCCUUCUGGUACAAGUUCCUGCGGCGGGAGGGCGGCCACUUCCUCUGGGAAGGGAGUGGGCCCCAUCAUGAUCGAUGUUGUGUUUACAACCAGAGCAACAUAGUAGAUGGAGUUUACUGCCUCCCAAUAGCACACUGGAUUGAAGUCUCUGGACAUACUGAUGAGAUGAAGCACACAACCGAUUUCUAUUUUAAUAUUGCAGGACAUCAAGCUAUCCAUUACUCCAGGAUUCUGCCAAACAUCUGGCUGGGAAGUUGCCCUCGGCUGCUGGAGCAUGUGACCAUCAAGCUGAAGCAUGAGCUGGGUGUUACAGCUGUGAUGAACUUCCAGACUGAAUCUGACAUUGUUCAAAAUUCCUGGGGCUGCAACCGCUACCCAGAACCCAUGAGCCCUGAAAUCCUCAUGAAACUGUAUAAGGAAGAAGGUCUUGCCUAUGUCUGGAUGCCAACUGCAGACAUGAGCACUGAAGGAAGAAUCCAGAUGUUGCCACAAGCCGUGUGCCUCCUGCACGGGCUGCUGCAGAACGGACACACAGUCUAUGUUCACUGCAAUGCUGGUGUUGGCAGGUCUACAGCCGCUGUCAGCGGCUGGCUGAGGUACGUGAUGGGAUGGAGCAUCAGGAAAGUGCAGUACUUUUUGGCUUCCCGGAGACCGGCUGUCUACAUAGAUGAGGAAGCUCUGAAUCGUGCUGAAGAAGAUUUCUACCAGAAAUUUGGGCACCUUUGUUCCUCAUAUCAAAUAGAAGAGUAGAAAAGCAGAAGAAGAAAAGGAAGGUGAAGAGGAAUCCCUACAUUUGUACCCCAAGGACUUAGAAAUUUCUGUGACUCAGGCACCCACCUCACCUCUUCAGAUUAUAAUCUUCUUGUAAAGGUGAUAAGAAUUUUGUUUAAAAAGUGCUUUAGAGUUUUUUAUUUGCUUUCUUUAAGCUGACAUGAUUCAUGUUUUCAAGCCUUUUGGUGAAAUUAUGAGAGCUAGAAACUGCAAAGUGAAACAAGAUUUUCUUUUAAUCACUUUCCUAUAGGAACUGAGGUUUCAGAGUAGACACUAAACAAGAUGUGAGGUGAAAUAGAGUUGGCAAUGAAAAGUGACAAGAAAAAAAUACAAAGAUUGACUGGAUUAAGAUUCAGGUUAGGAUCGAGCAGACCAUCAUCAAAGCUGCUCAGUUAUUUUAAGCAGAUAUUAGAAUGUUGCAGUGUUUUGUAAUAAUUCUGUAGAAGAGUGGUAUUGAUGAGAAAGACCAGAAGGAAACUGGUUCUUCAACUCAGUGUUUAAAACCAAAAGGCUAAUAUCUAAUGCAGUGAACUAAGAUUUACUCUUUGUCCAUCUAGUUAAUGCUAAAUAUUAUGAGCUCCAGCUAUAUUAUUUUAUGACAUUGGGUUAUGCUGGGUUGUGGCAUGGAGAGAGGACACAGCUCCAGCUGUGGCAGCCUUACUUUGUUGUGGGGCAGGACCACUGUUUGUUACAUUAUCGUAGGCUGUGAGUUCUCUGAGUUGAAGCUUCAUUUUGCUCCUCUGGUCCAUUCAAUGCUGAACAGGGGCUCCCUUAGGUGCCAAGUCAGUCUGAGCAGUAACCACCAGAGUAAGACAGACCUAUAGGAAUUGUGUGAUAAGCAGUGUGCGGGACUGGCACCACAGCCUCUGGGCUGUUGACCUAGAUUAAUAUCUUCAAUACAGCAAAAGCCUCCCCUUGUGCAAGCAGUGUGUGUGUGUUAGAUUUAACUGAUUGAAGCUAAUGCUGGGCUAUCUCUGGGCUGAAUGGAGUCAAUACAUUCCCCUAUAGGAACAAGGAGCAACUCUGCUGAGGAUGGUUUCUCAGGAGCUUAGCCUCAGUGUUGGCUUUGUGGAUGAUCCCUACUGUUUCCCAUUGCUGCUUGGUCCAAGGAGCACUGCUUAGCUGAGCCAAGCUAAGCAAUGGCACCAGCAGCUUCCACUCCCAAUCAGAUAAAGCCAGUUUGCUGUAGGUUGAGUUCAAGAGAGAAGAGAGAAUUAAGGAUGCAUAAACAUUAAGAAACAUAACUUCUAUAGGUUUAUUUUCAGUGACACCUCAUUUUUUCCAGCCAACUUGUUCCUCUAAAGAUGCAGUCAGUGACAGAGUGGUUUAAGUAAUAAAUAUUGAUUUUCUGAAUACUUAAUGGAGAAACUAUUGGAUAUGAGCUGUUUAUGGAGAAUGUCCAAAAUAAUAUAUUUUAUUUAUCCUAUACUUCAAUCAUCUUGAAAAGAAAAAUGUUUAUUUAAGUUAUUCUGUGUGUGGUUUUGACCAUGACUUCAUUUCUGAUUUUUUGAAAUAACACUGUUUAGAAAAUGGAUGAGAAAAUAAAGACAAAAUGAUUAUUCCAUCA